GUGAUACAUUUCCUCAUGAGGGUGUAUCUUCAGCAACAAUCACGUCGAUGUCCGUGAUAAUUGCUGUUGUUGUUCUUCUUCCUAUUUACAUUGUGGGCAGGGGCCGAUCGAAGUAGGUGGGGACGGCCUGGGUGGUUGUCCCACCUUAACCGGCCGUGAUGACUAAGCCGGCUGUCCCACUUCGCCCAGGGCAGGCGCCAGCCAGCCCACGAUACCUGCCCAUUGCUCCUUAUCAGCCUUGCCGUUCCGACAGUAUCAGGUGUCCCGACAUUGAGAAGGGUACUAAGAAUAUCUUAUUCGGAAGCAAUCAGGAUCGGAAGAAUGAUCAUCUGGACUUUCUGGGGUCGUCGACAAGACAGCUCAUCUUUGGAAUUGGGACGCAUCUGACACCCGAAAUCAUCGACGAGCUUGUCUCUUUUAUCAAAGUCUGUCGCAAUCUGUGGCACUUUGAACUCCUGUUCUUAGACGACGGCUACCAUCCUGACAACCACGCCAAAGCCUUGACGGACGAUGACAUCGUGAAGUUGGCGGCAGCGUGCCCGAAUCUUCGUUCUAUCAAAUUGCCGGCAACCACCCAGCUGGGUCACAGAUCCUUGAUUGCGUUCUGCCAACAUUGUCCAGGACUGAAGCACUUGGAGAUCACCACCGUAGCUGAUAACAAGAAACUCUUCGUGCAUGAAACAUUCUUUGACGAGGCGAUGAGGCACCCAAGCUGGGCUCCUCAGCUCAAGAAGAUUGUGCUUUACGCUCAUUGCGACUCGUACCAGGAUCGGGUUCACGGACCUUACCUGAAGCACGUGCGAGCGUUAUCGAAGAGAAGACCGAAAUUGAUCAUAGAGUUCCUAAGAAUAUCUCCUCGCGUCCAAAGCCAAUUGCCAGUUGCCAGUGCUGAUGUAAUCGGUGCAUAA